UCAAGCCUUGAUACAGAAAGCUCUCAUGGCUAUGUUAGAUCCAUUUCCAUUUUUUUUGAUCUGCAACUCUUUUUGAAACUUUUCCACAAACAAGCUAGUCAGUUAGUUUCCAAUGGCUUCUAUUACUUCUGAAAGAGCCUCCUCCUCCUCCUCCUCCUCCUCCUCCUCCUCUUCAUCAUCAUCAUCUUCUUCAUCAACAUCUGGAAGGAAAUACGAGGUUUACCUCAGUUUCCAAGGUGAGCAGACCCAAGAUGGUUUUACAAACCAUUUAUAUGAGGCGUUGAGGCAGAAAAGCAUUCACGUAUUUGGGGAUGACGGAAAACUCAGACGAGGAGAACUCAUGAAAGCAAUAGAAGAAUCCCAGUAUGCAAUUGUUGUUCUCUCAGGAAACUAUGCUGAUUCGAAGUGGUGCUUGGAUGAACUUGCCAAAAUUGUUGAGAACACACAAAAGACGGGACUAACAGUGCUGCCCGUCUUUUACCACGUAGAUCCCUCCCACGUACAAAACCAGACAGGGCCAUUUGCAAAAGCGUUUGACAAACAUGCCAGGGUCGAUGAGGAGAAGAUUCAGAAAUGGAGGGCUGCAUUGAGAGAAGUGGGCAAUUUACCCGGAUGGCACUUAAAUCAGAGGCCAGAAUCAAUAAUAAUCCAGAACAUUGUGGGAGGUAUACAUAGUGAAUUGUAUGGUGAAUUGUUAAGUGUUUCAAAGGAUCUUGUUGGAAUAGAAUCUAGUGUGAAGGAAAUGAUGGAUUUAUUAAAUGCGGGGUUGGAUGAUAUUCGCCUUAUAGGGAUUUGGGGGCCGGGAGGGAUUGGUAAAUCAACUCUAGCAGAAGUCAUUUAUUGUAAAAUAUCUACUCAAUUUGACUCCAAAAGCUUUAUUCGUAUUGGUUUUGUUAAGGAAACAAGAAAUGAUGAUCUUGUUCCUUUACAAAAACGCCUUCUUUCUAACAUCUUGGGUGAUAGAGAAUUAAGUAUAACGAGUGUUGGUGAAGGAAAGAAGAUUCUAAGGCAAAGGCUCCAUCAUAGAAAGGUUCUUAUUGUUCUUGAUAAUGUGAAUAAAAAAGACCAACUGGAUGCACUUGUAGGAAGCCGUGAUUGGUUUGGUCCUGGGAGUAGAAUCAUUAUAACAAGUAGAGACAAACAGUUGUUGACAACACACGAAGUGAAUGAUAUGUAUGAGGCAAAAAGACUAGAUAAUGAUAAAGCAUUAGAGCUCUUUAGUCAAAAAGCCUUCAACCAACCCCAUCCUAAAAGAGGUUUUGAGGAUUUUUGUAACGUUUUUGUGAAGUAUGCUAAAGGACUUCCUUUAGCUCUUGAAGUUUUUGGUUCCUCCUUGUUUCAUAAAGAAAAACUUGUAUGGAAAAAUUUCCUAGAUCAGCUGAAUGAAAAUCCUAAUGAAGAAAUUGUGAAUAGACUUGCAAUUAGUUAUAAGGGGUUGCAGCAUAAGGUUCAAGGAUCAUUUUUGGAUAUUGCCCUUUUUUUCAAAGGAAUGGACAAAAAAAGAGUUGUAGAUAUUCUAGGAAUUUCAAGUUACUGCAUACAUAUACAAAUCCUAAAGGAAAAAUCUCUCAUUACCAUUUUGGGGGGGAAAAUAUGCAUGCAUGAUUUGCUACAACAAAUGGGUAGGGAAAUUGUUCAUCGUGAAGCACCUCAAGAGCCUGGAUUACGCAGUAGGUUGUGGCAUCAUAAGGAUAUCUUUUCUGUAUUGAAGAACAAUAUUGGAACAAAAAAUGUUGAGAGCUUGAUUCUAAACUCGCCUCCACAUAAAGAAGACUUGAAUGCCAAUGCCUUCUCAGAGAUGACAAGACUAAGGUUAUUUAAAAUCCACGAUGUGCUUCUUCCUAAAGGCCUCACUUAUCUUUCUAAUGAGCUACAAUUGAUCGAAUGGCAUGAUUAUCCUUUGAAAUCCAUGCCAAGGAGUUUUCAACCAAAUAAUCUUGUUGAACUUAUUAUGCCUUGUAGCUGCAUUGAGCAACUACCAAAAGGAUUUAGGAACUUAAGCCAGCUAAAACUCAUUGACCUAAGUUACUCUCAAAGCUUAAUCAGCACUCCUGAUUUCAUUGGAUUUCAAAAUCUUGAGAGGUUGAUUUUGCAAGGUUGUACAAGAUUGUAUAAGAUUCACCCGUCAAUUGGAACUCUCAGACGACUUACUUUAUUAAAUCUAAAAGACUGCAAACACCUUAAGAGCCUUCCACAUGAGAUCAACUUGAAAUCUCUUGAAAUCUUUAUUUUAUCUGGUUGUUCAAGACUCAAGAAAUUUCCAGAGAUUGGGAGAAAUAUGACAUCCUUGUCAGAGCUUUAUUUGAAUGGGACUGACGUAAAAGAACUACCAUCAUCAAUCAAGCAUCUGACUGGCCUUACUUUAUUGAAUCUUAAAGACUGCAGUGCCCUUUCCAGUUUUUCUGAUGUCAUUUGUAGGUUAACAUCUCUUGAAAUUCUUACUCUAUCAGGAUGCAGGGGUCAACGACCAAAAGCAUCGCAUUUGCUUGGGUUCUUGCCCAAUGUAUCCUCAAUUGGUGUUCCCGUUGCUUUUAAAGGAACAAUUUUGCUUCUUAUGUUCUCUUUCUUAGUGCUGCCACUCAACUAUCAGAGUGCCUUUGUAAGCGCUACACUUGUUUUAUGGACAUUUUGUUUAUUCAAUGCUCGACAUCCUAAACGAGAGCCCAUCAACCUAUUGUUGCCUAAGUCAUUCUUUGGAUUAAGGUCUUUAAAAUCUCUAGACCUGAGUGACUGCAAUUUGUCAGAUGGAGCACUUCCUGAUGAUCUUAGUUGCUUUUCCUCACUGCAGUCUCUGAAUCUGAGUAAAAACAAUUUUACAUGCUUGCCUGAUAGCGUUUCUCAUCUUUCUAAGCUUAAACUUCUUUGCUUGGAUGAUUGUAGCGAGCUUCAGUCCUUGCCAUAUCUUCCAUCAAGUACAAAUUUUGUAAUGGCACGAGGAUGUACUUCACUGAAAAAUUAUUCAAAAAAAGUUGUUUUGUGGACUUUGGGUGAAACAGGAUUCACUAUUAUUAAUUGCCUCAGCUUGCCUGAGGUUGAAGAAAACAAAAUUACUGAGGUUUCUUUGCUGGACAGCAUGCUCAAGGAUGAGGUAACUGAGGGUUCUUCGCUGGAUAUACAGUUCCAGCCAUUGUGGCAAAGAUACAUGGAGGAUCAAAUUCGUGAAAGUGAAGGAUUUUACAGCGUUUUACAUCAAAUUGAAAUUCCAGAGUGGUUCAAAAAUCAGUAUUGUGGGUCAUCUAUAGCAAUCCCGCUACAUCAGUAUGAUGUUAGUUGGAGGGGAAUCGCCCUAUGUGUUGAUUUUGAGGUCCACAAUUCAAAAGAGGUUUCUUCUGGUCCGGAUGUAAAAUAUGUUCAUGAGUUUAUUUGUCAUUUGGACAUGGACGGUGGUCCUAAAGAUCGACCUCUAGUCUAUAUGGUCCCUAGAGAAAAAAUCUAUGUUGGUUCAUUUGGACUUUGGCUAUACAUAUCGCAUGCGAGGAUUAGAGAACUAUUAGAUGAACGUAAUUGCAUUAGGCCAUUGAUUGUAACCAAUAGCCUAGAUAUUGAGAUUAAAGGGUGUGGUGCACGUAUACUCUAUGAGCCUGAUGUGGCAGGAUUUGUACAACACCUAGGCCAUAAAAUUUUUAGGAGCACUGAUGCCCUCCGUCAAGGUAGUGAAGAUUUCAUAAAAUGUCAUUUGGGCAAUUCCCUAAGUCAUGAUAACGAGGUGGAAUCCACUCGGUCCAAUGCCCUAAUUGACCUGAACCCCAGGCUGAGAAGUGCCCUCAAGUCAAUGCUUUCAAGGUUUUAUGAGGGAGAAGCACAACACCACUGCUAUGAUUAUAUCUUUCCAGAAGUUGCAGUUCCCCAAGCCUGGUUCAGUUAUCGAAAUUUGGGGUCCUACAUAAAAAUGGAGUUGCCACCAAACUUGCAUAAUAAUUCGACAUGGAUAGGGUUAACUAUAUUUGCCUUUUAUACUGUGGACAAGCAACGAGUUGGUUCAAGUUACAAGCCAGAUUCAACAAUUUUUCUUCACUUUUCUGGUCUCUCAGCUAGUGAUGAAGUUCUUCUUGCACCUUACGGAGCCUUUCCCCGCUCUAGAGAUGUUUUUGUUGAGUCAUCACAAAGACUUCUGGUAUUUUACAUACCACGAGAGCAGUUUCAGUUGAAUCACUGUAGUCACAUUUGUGCUCAAUUUCAAAGCGAUGUCCAAGUUGUGAAAUUUAAAAUGUGUGGAAUCAGUCUUGUAUACGAGCAAAAUGUCGAAGAGUUUGUGCAAACACUAGUCCAAUGCUUUUUAGGGACUCCGGAUAACUAUCAUCCAUCUCUUUACCAAAAUAUUUUAGUUCAACUUGAACAGUUGCAAGACCGCUACAAUGAAAGAGGAUUUUGUAGCUCUCUCUCACCGGAAAGGAGGCCUCAAACCAUGCCGCAUCUUCUAUCAAGCAAUGAAAUUUUACCAGAGGGUUUUACUUCAUCAGAAAAUCAGGAAACUCCAGCUGAUAUUAAGCCUUCAACCAUGGAACCUGAGAAUUCCUAUGCCAACCAGGAUAAGCAGGAAACUCCAGCUGAUAUUAAGCCUUCAACCAUGGAACCUGAGAAUUCCUAUGCCAACCAGGAUAAGCAGGAAACUCCAGCUGAUAUUAAGCCUUCAACCAUGGAACCUGAGAAUUCCUAUGCCAACCAGGAUAAGCAGAUGACUACUGUUACUACUGGCGAGCUCUUAGAGCUUGCUAAAAAGAAUGUGAAACUGGCAGUUGUGGAGGAUAUGGCUGAACAAUUUGAAGAGGCCUAUAAGCUUUAUAUGAAGGCAUUAGAGUAUGCGGGCACUUAUCUCUUCUAUGAGAACAAUCCAUGGCUUAAGAAGCAGAAUAGGCAGUCAUUUUUGCGCUAUUAUAGAAGGGCAACAAAAAUUAGAGGCCGUCAUCACUUACAUGGACCCUCUUUAUCUAAUAGAGCAGAAAGCGGGCUUGGUCUUACAAAGCCGAAUGCGAAGUUGAGUGAUGUGGGCGGACUUCAGGCUUGCAAAAAGGUAUUGGUUGAAGCUGCCAUAGUGCCUAUCAAGAAUCCUCAAUUUUUUACUGGAAAACGACAACCGUGGAAGGCUAUAUUACUAUAUGGUCCACCUGGAACAGGGAAGACCUAUCUAGCAAAUGCAAUUGCAACAGAAGCAGGGUCAACUUUCUUUAGUGUUUCCGCAUCGGACAUUGUUUCCAAAUGGAAGGGAGAAAGUGAAAAGCAAGUCUCAAUUCUUUUCCAACGGGCCCGUGAUGCUGCUCCAUCCAUUAUUUUUAUUGAUGAAAUUGAUUCCUUAUGUGGUUCACGAGGUGAGAACAAUGAGAAUGAAGCAUCUCGACGAAUCAAAACAGAACUUCUUGUACAAAUGCAGGGUGUGUGCAACGAUGAGACAAAUGUUCUGGUUCUUGCAGCCACAAAUGCUCCUUAUGCUUUGGAUCAGGCCAUGAGGAGGCGUUUUGACAAGCGAAUCUAUGUCCCUCUCCCAGAUUUGGAGGCAAGGGAACACAUAUUUAAGGUUCAUAUUGGGGACACUCCUCAUAACCUUACUGAAAAUGAUUUUGAGCAUUUAGCUCGCAGAACACAAGGUUUCUCUGGUUCAGAUAUAUUCUCUUGUGUUGAAGAUGCACUAUAUCAGCCUGUUCGUGCAACUCUUGAUGCUCAAUUCUUCAGAAAAACCUCUAAAGGCAUGUGGGUCCCUUGCGAACGGACUGGACAAGGAGCUACUGAGAUUACCUUGCAGGAACUUAAUGCACAAGGCCUAGCUUUAAAGAUCCAGCUACCACCCAACACAAGAGCAGAUUUUGAUAAAAUGCUUGCUAGACAAAAGCCGACUGUAAGUGAAGCUGAACUUGAACUGUAUAAGAGAUUCAACAAGGCGUUUGGCAAUGAAGGUUGAAAGAUGUAGAGACACAUAUUAUUAUUAGUUUCUUCAUAUUGUGUUUCUAUAUAUAUAUAUAUAUAUAUAUAUAUAUAUAUAUUUUUUUUUUUUUUUUUUUUUUUUUUUUGGGGGUGUAAAAGUAUUUUUUAUCCAUAUGCUUGUUAUGAACAAAGUUUUGGAGAGAAACCCUACAAACUCCUCAUCUAUUUUUAUAUUGAAUAUGAAUUUUGAAAA